UGCAUCCUCAGGCUGUCCAGAGUCAUUGGACCCUCCCGACAGCCAACGCCUGCUCGGCACCAUGGACUCUCCCAUCGUGACCCAGUUGUUCCGACAACUGUUUCGACACCAUCCUGCUUGCCAAUCGCGACGGAAUCUGGCAGCCCUUGCGAAUGCGCUUCGAGAUGUGCGCCAACAACACCUCCGAGAGCAGCAGCUGCGGCACCAGCACUACAAUCACCAUCAGCACCGCUCCUAUGUGACGCGCGGACGUGGCGGCUUGGGCGCCGGCACGCCCCAGGCCGAGAGCAACUGGCAGCAGCGGACCGAUAUCUUCCAGCACGACAUGUCCGAGGAAUUUCAGAAAUUCCCCAUGGUCACUGCCAUGGAUCUCCGUGGGCGAACAGAGAGGCCCCGCCGGGUCAAGAUGUUCAUGCGGGACUUCAUAGAAGACAGUCUCUACAACCCAAACUACGGCUACUUCUCCAAGCAGGUGGUCAUCUUUACCCCCGGUGAACCUUUCGAUUUCCAUUCCUUGUACGAUGAGCUCGAUUUCCACGCCCUGCUGUCCCGUCGAUAUGUCGAGUUCGAGGAUGCUCUAGACGCCAUAUCCCCGAGCGACACCCGCCAGCUCUGGUACACGCCCACCGAGCUCUUUCGCCCAUAUUAUGGCGAAUCCAUCGCACGCUAUCUUGUCGCCAACUACAAACUCACCACCUACCCCUACCAUGACUUGAUCAUCUAUGAGAUGGGCGCCGGCCGCGGCACCCUCAUGCUCAAUAUCCUCGAUUACAUUCGCGACGUCGAUCCCGCCGUGUACAACCGAACCAAAUACAAGAUCAUUGAGAUCAGCGCGCAGCUCGCGACCCUGCAGACCUCGCAAUUGAUGCAGAGUAGCGCGGCGCGGGGCCACGCCGACAAGGUGGAAAUCAUCAAUCAGUCCAUCUUCGAUUGGACCAACCCCGUCCCAUCUCCCUGCUUCUUCCUCGCCUUCGAAGUCUUCGACAACUUCGCCCACGACGUCCUCCGCUACGACAUGACGACCCAGAAGCCGCUGCAGGGUAUGGUUCUCAUUGACGAGAACGGCGAUUUCUACGAGUUUUACACUCCAAACCUAGACCCUGUCGCAGCUCGCUACCUCCGUGUGCGGGACGCAGCUACGGGAGGGCGGCACAAGGUUCCUUAUCCGACCACCCGCCUCGGCCGAUGGCUUGCGAUGCAGAAGCCGCUGGCGGCCAACCUCAGCCCGCCGGAGUACAUACCUACGCGGCUGAUGCAGUUCUUUGAUGUGCUGGGGCAGUACUUCCCUGCCCACCGGUUGCUGACGAGUGAUUUCCACUCGUUGCCGGGCGCAGUCAAGGGCCUGAACGCCCCGAUCGUGCAAACGCGGUUUCAAAGACAGCCGGUACCCGUGACUACACCAUUGGUUCAUCAGGGGUACUUCGACAUCAUGUUUCCCACCGACUUCCAGACUGCGGAGGCCACGUACCAAGCCGUUACGGGCAAGCUGACUCGUGUGCUCACCCACGAGGAGUUUAUGCGCCGGUGGGCGUACGUCGAGGAAACGGAGACCCAGAGCGGCGAGAACCCGUUGUUGACAUGGUACAAGAAUGCCAGUGUGCUAUAUACUGUAUGAUAAAUACAUACACACACAACGCUUGUAACAAAUGCAAUGCCGCCAGCCCGUCGGAUUGUCUUAACAGCUUCUGUCUUAGGCGAGGACACGUACAGUCACUCCAGGAUUGCUCCAAAUUCUAUGAUAUUUC